AUGCCCGGCGCGCUGCUGUACUGCCUGCAAGUCGGCGUCACCGUGCCCUCGUGGUCGACGCUCCGUGGCAAAGCUCCGCGCGUGAGCGGUCACGCGGCGGCCGUGACUGAGGCGGGCCGCGUUCUCCUCUUCGGUGGACUGACUGAUGGCGCCGGCUCGCCGUGCACAAACGACCUUUGGUCGUACGAGGACGGCGCGUGGUCCAAGCUGGCGCCCGCCGGAGACGGCCCGGGCGUCCGCAUGUACCCGGCGUCCGCCAUCGUGGACAGCUCAUUGUACGUGUUUGGAGGCUGGGACCCGGCGGCGCCGGGCUCGGGCGGCUCCUUCCUCGACGAUGUGUACAAGCUAGACGUCGCGAGCCUGACGUGGGAGCGACUCGUGCAGCCGAUGCCGUGCGGCCCCGUCUCGCGUCACAGCGCGUGCACGGUCGGCAAGGAUGUCGUCGUCGUCACCUUCCGCGGCGUCACCGUUCUCGACGGCGCGACCGGCGAGAUGCGCGAGCAGCCGACAACCGGCGAGGCACCGGGCAUGUCCGCCGACGUGCACGUGCUCGACACGACCAGCUGGGCGUGGCGCAAGCUGCGGCCCGAGGGGUCGGCGGAGGACGGCCGCGUGCCCACGCCGCGCGGCUCGUCGAGCGCGGCGCCCGAGGGCGAGGCCUCGUGCCUGGUCUUCGGCGGCGCCGGCCUCGGCGGCGGCGGGUACGAGGGCGGCGCCGGCCUCCGUGCAUUCGACGAGACCUGGCGCGUCCGAGUCGACGGCGACGUGGCCCGCUGGGAGUGCGUGCACGAGGGCGGCGAUGAGGGCGCGCCCGCGCCCCGCGUGGCGGCGUCCCUGUCGGCCCUGCCCUCGGGAGCGUUCCUGCUGCAGGGUGGGUGGGACCCCAAGUCCAAGGACACCUUUGACGAGCCGCACGUGCUCAGCGUGUGA